UAUUUGUCGUCGUUAAUUCGAGUUCAAGUUCGAUUCAUAGUGUGCUGUGCGUUUAAUUGUUUUUAUUUUCACAAAAUUUGUUAGGUAUAACAAUGCCAAAGGAAAAACAAUCGGUGUGUGGUCGUUUAAGAAGUUACGUUAUAGAAUUUGGUCCUGAUACUUUUUCCAUAGUCGGGAAUAAUUUAUUUUGUAAAAUAUGUGAAAUUCGAAUAAGUUCUGAGAAAAAAUUUAAUGUUAGCCAACAUAUUAGUACCGAUAAACACCAAAAAGCUCUCAAAAGACACAAAGAUCAAGAACAGAAAAAAAAACAAACGCUUUUGACCAGUUUGCCGACAAAAUCAACAUUUAAUACUGAUUUAUGCGAAGCUUUAAUGGCGGCAAAUAUUCCUUUAAAUAAACUUAAUAAUAGUAAAUUUCGAGAAUUUUUAGAAAAAUAUACAGGUAAAAAUAUACCAUUUGAAUCCACUCUUCGUAAGGGAUACGUUGAUGAUGUGUAUAAUAAAACUAUUGAGAAUAUUAAAACUGAGAUAGGUGAAAAUAAAAUUUGGGUCUCUAUUGAUGAGACGUGCGAUGUCGAAGGACGUUACAUAGCAAACGUCGUUGUAGGUGUUCUCAAGACUGAUAGUAUUGGCAAUAUAUUUUUACUACACUCGGAACAACUGGAUAGAACUAAUCAUACAACAAUUUGCAAACUAUUUGAAAAGGCAAUGGGAAUCUUAUGGCCUGGAAGUAUCAAUUACGACAAUGUUCUAUUAUUUUUAACAGACGCCGCACCAUACAUGGUAAAGGCCGGAUCUGUUUUAAAAAGUUUUUAUACCAAAAUGGUUCAUGCUACAUGUGUUGCCCACGGGAUUCAUCGUGUAGCCGAGGAAAUUCGAGGACAAUUUAAUGAGGUAGAUAACUUAAUAUCAAAUGUGAAAAAAAUUUUUAGAAAAGCCCCUUCUAGAAUUCAAUUAUUUAAAACUGAAGCACCUGAAAUUAAAUUACCACCAGAACCUAUAAUAACUCGUUGGGGAACAUGGUUGGAUGCCGCAAUAUACUAUUGCGAACAUUAUGAAACGAUUGUUCGCAUUUUAAAUUUAUUAGACGAAAAUGACGCCGUUAGUAUUAAAAAGGCAAAAUUAUGUAUAUCACAACCGAAUUUACAAAGCAACUUGGCUUAUAUCAAAUCCAAUUUUGAAGUAUUAACUGUAGCUAUUAAACAACUACAAACACAAUAUGUUCCAUUAACAGAUUCGCUAAAAGUUAUAGAGGAUAUUGAAUCGAAAUUAUGUAAUUUACAUGGACCAUAUGGAAUUGCCGUUUUGAAAAAACUUGAUAAUGUAUUAAUUAAAAACCAGGGUUUAAAUAGUUUAAAACAAAUAUCUAAAAUAAUCACCGGAGGAGAGUCCAUGAACCUUAGUUCAAUAGCAGAAGAUCUAACAUGUAAUGAUCUAGUAUUUUUCAAGUAUGCUCCCAUUACUUCCGUCGACGUGGAACGUUCAUUUUCGGCAUACAAGUGUAUUUUAGCCGAUAAUAGAAGAGCCUUCCAGUUCGAAAACGUUCGAAAACACCUUAUAGUCCAAUGCAAUCACAAAGAACAUUCAAAACUAAAUUUUUGAAGAUUUUAUUUUUAUUUAUUUUUUUAAAUUUAUUAAUUAAUAAUUAAACUUAAAUGACAUUGUUUUUUUAUUUAUAUGAAUUAAAUCCUUUUUUUAAAUAACUUUUCAAAUGCUUUUUUUUCAUUUUUAUUAAAUUUUUACCUAUAUUAUAUUAUUAUAUAAAUGUGUAUUUUUUUUUUUUUAGAACAUUCAAAACCAAAUUUUUAAUGUUUUUAAAUUUAUUAAUUUAUAAUUAUACUUGAAUUACAAUUUUUUUAUACUUAUAUGAAAUAAAUCCUUUUUUCAAUGACUUUUUAAGUGCUAUUUUUUUUUUGUUUUAGAGAAUAUUUUUAAGUUUAUUGGGUCAUAUAUAAGCGCAUAUUUUAGUGCUUUUUAGUGCUAUAAGUCCCGAACCCU